AGCUUGCUCAGCUCUUCUGGCACCAUUGAGUAUAGCGAGUCUCUCUCUCCUGCACACUAUCUGGAGGUGCAAGUCUUUUCUUCACCGGCUUCUCAUAUCUUUGUAGAUCUGGGCUGUGUCCCUCUGCUGCAGACAUGGCUCCCAAAAAGAACAAGACUGCCAAAAAAAACAAAGGGGAUAUCAAUGAAAUAACCAUAAUGGUCGAGGAUAGCCCGAUCAAUAAUAUCAAUGGGCUGAAUACCUUGUUGGAGGGAGGAAACGGCUUCAGCUGCAUCUCAAGUGAAGUCACUGACCCUGUUUAUGCUCCUAAUCUCUUGGAGGGUCUUAGUACCAUGAGGCAGGACAGUUUCCUCUGUGACCUGACCGUCUCCACCAAGUCAAAGUCCUUUGAUGUCCACAAAGUUGUCAUGGCCUCCUGCAGUGAGUACAUUCAGAAUAUCUUAAAGAGCGAUUCCGCCCUCACAAAGAUCGACCUGAACGACCUUUCACCCACAGGCCUGGCCACAGCCAUCACAUACGCCUACUCAGGGAAACUAACCCUGUCGUUGUACAGCAUUGGCAGCACCAUCGCAGCAGCCAUGUUGUUGCAGAUCAACACCCUGGUGAAGAUGUGCAACGACUUCCUCAUGCAGGAGCUCAGUGCGGAGAACUGCAUGUACGUGGCCAACAUCGCCGACACCUACAACCUCAAAGAAACAAAGCAGGCCACCCAGAAGUUCAUGAGAGAGAACUUUAUAGAGUUCUCUGAGAUGGAGCAGUUCCUGAAGCUCACUUACGAGCAGAUCAACGACUUCCUCAGUGAUGAUUCCCUGCAGUUGCCCUCUGAGAUUACAGCCUUUCAGAUAGCCAUGAAGUGGUUGGACUUCAACGAGAAGAGGCUGAAAUACGCCCCAGAUCUUCUGACCAACAUCCGCUUCGGGACCAUCUCAGCCAUGGACCUGGUCAACCAUGUCCAGAGUGUGCCCAGAAUGAUGCAGGACCCCGAGUGCCAUCGUCUUCUAGUGGACGCCAUGAAUUACCACCUGUUGCCCUACCAGCAGAAUAUUCUGCAGUCCCGCAGAACAAAGGUACGUGGUGGCAUCCGGGUCAUGCUGACAGUGGGUGGACGACCGGCCUUGACGGAGAAGUCUCUCAGCAAAGAGGUCCUCUACAGGGAUGAUGACGAUGUAUGGAAUAGGCUCACAGAGAUGCCAGCCAAGAGCUUCAAUCAGUGUGUGGCAGUCCUGGAUUGCUUCCUUUAUGUUGCUGGUGGUGAAGACCAGAAUGAUGCCAGGAACCAGGCUAAACAUGCUGUCAGCAACUUCUGCAGGUAUGAUCCUCGAUUCAACACCUGGAUUCAUUUGACCAACAUGAUCCAGAAGCGCACCCACUUCAGUCUCAACACUUUCAAUGGCCUCUUGUUCGCUAUUGGUGGUCGUAACUCUGAUGGAUGCCAGGCUUCAAUGGAGUGCUACGUGCCCUCCUCCAACCAAUGGCAGAUGAAAGCCCCCAUGGAAAUCCCCCGGUGCUGCCACGCCAGCUCCGUCAUUGAUGGCAAAAUCCUUGUUAGCGGUGGUUACAUCAACAAUGCGUACUCCAGGGCUGUGUGCAGCUAUGAUCCUUCCACUGAUGUGUGGCAGGAUAAGAACAGUUUGAGCUCCCCUAGAGGCUGGCAUUCCGCUGCUACAGUCGGAGAACGGGCUUACGUGAUUGGUGGCAGCCAGCUGGGUGGUCGUGGAGAGAGGGUGGAUGUCUUAGCUGUUGAGUGUUUCAACCCUCACAAUGGGCAGUGGAGCUACUCUGCCCCCCUGAACACAGGAGUGAGCACUGCUGGUAUCGUCAGCAUGAAUAAUAAGAUCUAUCUUCUUGGAGGCUGGAACGAGAUUGAGAAGAAGUACAAGAAAUGCAUCCAGGUGUAUAACCCUGACCUCAAUGAAUGGACUGAGGACGAUGAGUUGCCAGAGGCUACAGUUGGCAUCUCAUGCUGUGUCGUUACCAUACCCACACGCAAAACACGAGAGUCCAGGUCCAGCUCAGUUUUAUCUGCGCCAGUCAGCAUAUAGAGUCUGGUAGGUCGUUUGAAAAGUAGUUUACUUGCUAAUGGAAGCAAGACCAAAAAUUCUCUAGCCAGUUCAUUUCAGAAAAUCCUUUAUCGCUUUCAAUGCAGAAAGUGAUCAUCCCUACUUAAGGUCAGAAAAAAAGUGAUAACAUACAAAUGUCGCGCAUGCAACUAAUCUGGAAUUGAAUCAGAUAUAUUCAAAUUGUUUUAAUUACUUUUAUUAAGGCUUUAAUGUGUGACAAUUCAGGAAGUUGUUUUGUGUUGUGAGACUAAUUAAAAUCUUCUAUUAUGAUG